AUGGACUACGACAUGAACGACGUGCAGUAUUCGCUGAUCCUGAGCAACGAGAUCGCCACCGUGGCCACCGCCCUGCGCCAGAACUCCAAAUGGGCCUUCGUGGCGUCGCGCUACGACGACGAGGAGCAGCUGGACGACCCGCUGCUGGAGGAGUUCCUGUCGCUGCGGCAGAAGGUGAUGUACUGGGGCAACUGGGCGCUGGUGGACCCGCUGGAGUACCUGUCGCCCUUCCUGGAGGCGAUCAGGAGCCAGGAGGUCAGCGGGCCCAUCACCAGCGUGGCGCUGUCCUCGCUCAUGAAGCUCCUCACCUCCAACGUCAUCAGCCCCGCCACCACCAACUCCGCGGAGGCCAUCCGGCGGAUCGUCUCCUCAGUGCGGGAGUGCAGGUUCGAGGGCACGGGGUCCUCUGCGGACGAGGCGGUCCUGCUGCGCAUCCUGCAGGUGCUGGUGGCGGCGGUGCGCAGCGACGUGGGCACCCUGCUGGCCGCGCGCGACGUCCAGGACAUUUUUCUGACCAUGAUCCAGUGGUGCGAGGUUGGGGAGGGCACCCCGGGGAGCGAGGUGUCCGGCGUGUUCACGCAGUCCUCGCGGCAGCUCCUGGGCGAGAUGGUGGGCGCGCUGUUCGCGCGGCUGCGGCUCAGCAGGAUGGGCGAGCUGGGCGGGGUGGACGCGUGCAGGGGCAGGCCCAAGGGGUCGCCCAUGUCGGGGUCCAAGUCCGUGAACAGCGACAUGUCCAAAGGCGGCCGGUCGGCCUCCGGUCACUCCGCCUCCAAGUCGGACGCCAGCGCGGCGUCCGCGUCGAUGGGCGCCCCGCUGUUGAUGUUCGGGAUCGAGCCGUUCUGGGAGAUUUUCCGCUACCUCAUCUCGCUGGCCAGCACGGAAUCGAGGGGGCCGGGCGCGGACGACGUGGUGCUAUUCGCGCUGCAGCUGAUACACACGUCCAUCGUGAGCGGGGGCGAGGCGCUGGCGGACCACAGGGGGUUGCAAUGCAUCAUGCGGCAGCACCUGUUCAUGGCCCUCACGCGGGCCCUCAGCCGGGGACACCAGUCCAUCCAGUCCGCCGUGUUCCAGGUGGUUCUGGCGAUGUACAAGCUGUUUGGGGACCGCAUCCUGCUCCAGCUGGAGUGCUUCAUGCAGAGCUCCUUGCUGCGCCUGUGUGAGGGCAAGGGCUGCCAGAGCCAGGAGCACCAGGAGGUGGCCCUGGAGGCCCUGCUGGACUUCUGUGGCUACCCUGGCUUCCUACACGACAUGUACCUCAACCUGGACUGCCGCGUGGAGCGUUCCAACCUCUUUGAGGACAUCUGCUCCCUCCUGUCCAAAACUGCCUUUCCCGUGAAGUCGCCCUUGGGUGCAAUCCACAUGAUUUCCCUGGAGGGCCUGCUGGCGAUGCUGUACUCCCUCUCGGCGCAGUGCUGCACAGAUGGCACCACGGCCCAGCUCCCCCCUGAGCCCAAGGCCGAGCUGCCGAACUACAUCGACAUCUGGGGCAACCUGCUGGAGGGCCGGUCCCCAGGCCUGGAGGUUUUCAUCAACGAGGUCAGCACCAGUGGCAGGGACCAAGUGGACGCUGGUGUGCAGCUCAUACGCCUGGAGAAGGCGAUCAAGAGGCGGGUGUCAGUUGCAGCAGACCACUUCAACAAGGACUUCAAGAAGGGUUUUCAGUACAUGCAAGCGAUGAAGCUCCUGCCAGACAAGGAGGACUGCACGGCCAUCGCGCACUUCCUGCGUGUGUGCCAGAAUCUGGACAAAACCAUGAUUGGGGAGCUGCUAGGGGAGAGCGACGAUUUUUACAAGCAGGUGCUGCAGGAGUUUGCUCAGUCGUUCAGGUUCCAGGACGUGCCGUUCGACCUGGCCCUGCGCAUGUUCCUGGACACGUUCAAGGUCGGCGGGGAGGCACAAAAGAUCGACAGGGCCAUGGAGAACUUCGGCCGAGUGUAUUACAAGACUCAGGUCAAUGGGCUGAUGGCGAGCUCUGAUGCUGCCUUCACCCUGGCGUUCUCCAUCAUCAUGCUUAACACUGACCUGCACAGCAGUGGCGUCAAGAAGAAGAUGACCAUGGAAGAGUUUGUGAGGAACAACAGGGGGAUCAAUGACAAUGAGAACUUCCCCAGAGAGUUCCUGGAGAGCCUGUACAGGUCGAUCAGCCAGAACCCAAUCAGGCUGCAGGACACGUCAGCUGGCGAGGUGCCCAUUGUGCGGUGGCUGGUACUCGACCAGCAGAGCGAGACAGAGAGGGGGAGGAUGCUGCGUACCAAUGACAGGGAGCUCAAGGGGGGCCACGCGCUGGACAGGGAUAUGUUCAGCCUCAUCUGGGGCCCCACUGUGGCUGCGGUAUCUGUUGUCCUGGACCAGGCUGAAGAUAUCACCACUGUCCAGACGGCUUUGACAGGUCUGAAGUUGGCAGCUAAGAUCGCUUCUUACUAUCGUGUGGAUGAGGUCAUAGACAGUCUUGUCGUCACCCUGUGCAAGUUCACCAUGCAGCUGGCACCUGGUGCCAUCAAGCCCAUGGUAAAUUUUGGCCACAACAGCAAGGCCCAGGUGGCCAUGGAGACAGUCUUCUUUGUGGCCAGCAGGUAUGGAGACAGUUUGAGGGCUGCUGGCUGGCGCAGCAUAAUGGACCUGGUCGUGCGGCUUUACCGCCUUGGUCUCCUUCCAAACACGUUUUGGCAGGAGGCCAAUGGUUUGCCAGAGGAAGAGGGGAGAUCGCCUGAAACAGAAUCGGUCAAAAUGACCUCUGACUCAGGGUCCACAGCCGAUGAUGCUGGCUCGGAAAAAUAUGACACAGCAAAGCAAGUAGCUGGAAUGAGAGCAUCACACCUCAGGAGUGUUCCCAGGAAGAGAGACAGAUUUCGACACAGGGAUUUGAGCAGCUAUGCCACGACCAGCCUCUCACGCCUGUUCAUGUCUGGCGGCGCUGAGAAACAGUUGACAAGGGAAGAACAGGAAGCGCAGGAGCGCACUGUUCGAUGUGUGGAGCAUUGUAGGAUUGAUGAGCUCUUUCUGGAUACCAAGUUUCUCCAACCGGAGCCACUCCUGGAGCUUGUCCGUGCAGUCACCUGGGCCUCAGGGAGCGCGCCACGCCAAAUCAACGACGAAAAGACCUCUGUGGUGUGCCUGGAGCUCAUGUUUUCAGUCACUAUCCGCAAUCGCGAUCGUAUCAACAAGCUGUGGCCUCUGGUCCAUGACCACCUUAAAUCGGUGAUCAUCCCUUCAGACAGGCCUAUAUCCAAGACACUGGUUGAGGCAGGUGUGCUGGGGCUGCUCCGCGUUUGCCAGCGAAUCCUUGUCUACAAGCCUGAGGUUGCGGACUUGCUGUUGACGAGUCUUCAGUUUGUGCGCAAUUUGGACUCGGAGAUGAUCAGGGAGAUGGCAGAGAAAGUAGCGACGGAGGUGUUGGCUCUCAUCAAAGGUGCCGCCUCAUUCAUUCACCAGGGUUGGGCAUGGAGCACGAUAUGCCUUUUGAUCAUCUUGACAGCUGCUUCGCCCCCCGCAUUCAAGACGGCUCUGGAUGCCUUCAUACACAUUGUAAAAGAUGGCGCACAUCUCACCCCUGUGAACUUCUCAGACUGCCUGUCAACGGCCCGCUCGUUUGUUGAGCGCACAGCGACCCACCAGCCUGACAGAGCCAUCCAGGUGUUGGACCUGAUGGGGGACAUGGUUGUGUGGCUACCAUCGUGGAAGUCGUCACAGGGUGAGAGGCGCCUAGGGUACCCUGCACCCCCAGAGAAGGGCUUGGAUCGCGCCCAGUGUUGGUCGGACGUCAUCAAAGCCCUGUGCAGCUUCUCCAGCCAGGAGUCCGCCCCACAGGUGCGCAACCAUGCAGCUGUGAAGCUCCACAACGCUAUUAUCAUGGGUGAGCAGCUGCAGCUGGACGCCCAGCAGUGGGGCGCCGUCCUGAAAUACGAGCUGAUCCCUCUUGUUCAAGCUCUGAUAACACGAGAGAAGGCAUGGGAUGUGGAGGAGAACUUCCAAACAGUCAAGCUGGCUGUCAAGACGCUCUCCAAGACCUUCUUGCAAUUUUUGAACCUGCUCCAGAAGCUGCCAACAUUCUCUGCGAUCUGGCUGGAGAUGUUGACUGUGCUCCAGAAGAGCUGCUACCGGCAUAACGAACUGGCCGAGUCUGUCCCCGAGGAUGUGAAGAACAUGCUUCUGGUCAUGGCCAAAGAGGGCGUGCUCACGCAGGACUGGAAAGACUCCAAAGGGAAGAAUCUUUGGGAAGCGACUUGGCGGGAAGCCCAACGAAUUUCAUAUGCAUUGACACCCAAAAUUCUUGUUAGCUGA